AUGGACCACUCCAGAGAUCCCUGCCCUUGGGUUGCGCUGUCCGACUUUGGUGGCGCAUUCUGUAUGGGAGCGAUAGGCGGCGCAGUAUGGCACGGUGUGAAGGGUUUCCGUAACUCGCCGUACGGCGAGCGCAGAAUCGGCGUCAGGGAUACUUACAUGUCUUCUCCAACAGCCAUCACGGCCAUCAAGGCGCGCGCGCCAAUCCUGGGCGGCAACUUCGGCGUGUGGGGCGGUCUCUUCUCGACGUUCGACUGCGCGGUCAAGGGCAUCCGCAAGAAGGAGGACCCGUGGAACGCUAUCAUUGCCGGUUUCUUCACUGGCGGCUCGCUGGCAGUGCGUGGCGGCGCGAAGGCCGUCCGCAACGGUGCCAUCGGCUGCGCCAUCCUGCUCGCCGUCAUCGAGGGCGUCGGCAUCGGCUUCCAGCGCAUGAUGGCGGAGAACAGCCGUCUCGACGCCCCUCCGCCGCCUCCGCAGGGCCAGGGCCAGCCGCAGCUGGCUUAG